UGCAGCCUCUGCUGGUGUAGGAAACGCCAGGCAGCCAGUGCAGUGUUUUAAAGUGAACGAUACAUCCUGGUCCGCUCCUCUGCCUCUCUUUGGACUAUACCACUACCAGGGACUCACCCUUUGGACUAUUCCGGAGCUUCCUCCUUGUCUUGCAUUUGAAGGGAACACCUGUGUGUGUGCUGCGUGAGAGCACAGACAACGGACUUAGCCCUGGUGAACAGGGCGAGUGGAUGACUUCAGUGGUUGAGGAUUUGGCUGUUGGAAAGAGGGAGGCUGCUGACCAUGGACUCCCCUCACUAGUUAACGGGGGUGGUGAGGACAAUCAGGUGUGUCCGGUCAUCAUGUGCACACGGGCCUGUCCUGACCUCGUCCCCGAGAGCCAGCUGUUCCCUGAAGAGGUGGAAGAGCCUGAGGAGGAGGUGGCAGACGAGGGCAGGGAGAGGGAAUCAGACAGAGACAGCGCUGUGGAAAGCACCCAGGGUUCAGACACUUCAGACGGGCUCACCAGACUUGGGGACAAGGAAGACGCACUGGGGGAUCUCUUUUUCCCUGGGGAGAAGUGUGGUCAGACUAGUAUAUCAGUGACCUCUGAUCUAUCAACACGUUCCUCGGCUUCUCUGAACGAGGAGCAGUUUGAGGACUACGGAGAAGGGGAGGAACCAGACUACACUCCCAGCAGCCCCUGUCCGGACGACGAGACUCGUACCAACGGCUACUCUGACCUCGGCUCAUCCGUGCCCUCAAGUGCAAGCCAGACUCCUCGUAAGGUGCGUCACCAUUACACUGGUGAACUGAUGGAUGUCUACUGUUCUCAGUGCAGCAAAAAGGUCAACUUGCUAAAUGACCUGGAGGCUCGCCUCAAAAAUCUCAAGGCUAACAGCCCCAAUAGGAAAAUCUCCAGCACUGCUUUUGGAAGACAGCUGCUCCACAACAGCAACUUGAGCAGCAGCAACGGCAGUACGGAGGACCUUUUCCGAGACAGCAUCGACUCUUGUGACAUCGACAUCAAUGAGAAGGUGAGCUGUCUUGAGAAGAAAGUGGCAGAACUCGAGAAUGAGAUUCUGAUCAGUGGUGACGUCAAAUCCAAGCUAAAGCAGGAGAACACUCAGCUAGUACACAGGGUACAUGAGCUGGAGGAGCUGCUGAAAGACCAAGAGACCCGUGCAGAGCAAAAUAUGCAGGGGGAGUUGAGACGACACAGAGAGGCCUACAGCAAGAUGGAGAGAGACAAGAACACGCAGAUAGAGCUGCUGACCAACCGAGUUAAGCAGCUGGAAGAGGAGAAUGGUGACAUGUCUCUUAGCAUGUGCCGACUCAAAUCACAGACAGAGAAACUGGAUGAGGAGAAGCAAAGGAUGACAGACAAGCUGGAAGAUACCAGUCUGCGCCUGAAGGAUGAGAUGGACCUCUACAGGAAAAUGAUGGACAAACUGAGACAGAACAGACAGCAGUUCCAAAAAGAGAAAGAUGCCAUGCAGGAGCUGAUAGAAGACCUGCGUCGAGAGCUGGAGCACUUGCAACUCUUCAAGCUGGAGGCAGAGAGGCCAGGCCGGAGUCGCAGCUCUUCCUCUGGGCUUGCAGACUUUAACAACAGGACCAGGGAGGUGGAGCUGGAGCACGAGGUCAAGAGGCUCAAGCAGGAGAACCAGAAGCUGAGGGAGCAGAACGAUGAGUUAAAUGGUCAGAUCCUCAGUCUCAGCCUGUAUGAAGCCAAGAACCUGUUUGCCACACAGACUAAGGCCCAGAGUCUAGCUGCUGAGAUAGAUAAUGCCUCCAGAGACCAGUUGAUGGAAGCCCUGAAGGAGCAGGAGGAAAUCAACUUACGUCUUCGACAGUACAUGGACAAAAUCAUCCUGUCCAUCCUCGACCACAACCCCUCCAUUCUGGAGAUCAAGAACUAGCAGUGACUCAACUGGAGUGAGAAUCGUUCCUGAACUCGGGGGGAGUGAGGAUCAUUCCAGUUGUGUGAUCAGAACCUGCAACCUGAGUUGGGAACCCAUGAGGGGGGGAAGCAUAGCGAACCUGAGCAAGGCUUGUAAAAAUAGACAUCCGUUGCCCCCUGCUGUUUAUGGCCAGAAGAACUUCUCUUGCGGACAAAGCAAAUAGGGAUUGUGUUGGCCUUAGGGGAGUUUUCUCUGCCAGUGCUUUCUCGCUGACUAAUUGUUUUACUACUGUGACAGUUCAACUCAAGCUGUCCUGUUUUUACUCUCUAUCUAUGCUGUGAACUGUAGUUACUGUCAUGAUUUUCAUCUCGUGAUCAAGCCGGUGAUUUCAUCUCAGGAAUAUUCGGCGCCCAACGUGUUUUGAAAGACUGAUGCAGUUGCUCAAUGUAGUACACUGGACAUGAUGUACAUGCGCAUAAAAACUGGAACAAUGUAUGUGUGCUACUGUAUACUGUGUAAUUCAGAGAUAGACAGUUUGGUAUGAUGUAGAGGCACCUUUUUUGGUUAAUACAGGUUAAAAGUUGGCAAGCAGACUGUAAGCCUGUGUGAGACAGGCAUGAAGGCAGAUCAGUCCACUCUCGCCUGACCUGUAAAUUGCCUUUUUUUUUCCUCCUCUACCAUGCCACACAUUCUCUGAAUGCAUGUGAAGGCAUACUGGGACAAGCACGUGUUGAAAGAAGACUGUGAAAAGAGGCAGAAGUGGUUGGUGGUAUUGAAAGCAAUGAAUUCAGCAAAAGUGUUUUCCUUAAAAAAGUUGGGAUGUUACAGGAUGGACCAUGUAAGCUUGCAAAAGAGGCAUUUUGUAAAGUCGAUGAAGGUACAUUGAAGGUGAAAUUAAUUUUUUUGUUCAUUUGUGAGAACAUGUCUUCCAGGAAACCUUGAAACAGCACUUUCAGUGUCAAUCAGUCCAAUAAGUGAAUAUUUUUUCACUGAGAAGUGGCCCUUAGUUGGUUCGAAUGAGUAGUAGCAUGUCGCUAUAUGGCACAGAAGCUACAACCAAGGAGUGUCUUCAAACUGUAACUUUCACGGCUGCAGAGCUUGAAAAAAUUCACUGUUGCUAGCAAUAGAUCCAAAAGAUGUUGCACAGAAAUGUAAUGAUAUGAAUGUACAGGAUGUGUGGUGGAUUUACGGUGAAGUGACUGGCAGCCAUUAUAACAUGGUUUACUGAAUCGUCUUUCUAUGGUCAGUGAAAUCGACUCAGAUACUGGAUGUGAGCAUGCACAGGAGACUCACUUUUUGGCACAAAAAGACUGGAUUAGCAAUCUCAAUGACACCUGCAGGUUGCAGAUUGUAGUUAAAGCCCCAUGGCUCUCUGAAACUCUCUAAUACUGUAAAUAUCAUGAAUGUACAACUUAAUAUUUCACUUUCUGUGUGGCGAAAAGGGCGCUUUAAACUUCAAUCUCUAAUUGAUUAAACAUGUUGUUACACAUAUGUACAGUAUUCAGUACUGUAAUAAGGAGGGCAUUGUUUUUUGAGGGGAAACUAUUACAAUCUGCGGUAUUAUGUAAUUAAUCUAAACUUGAGUUUUGCUUCCUUGCACAAAAAAAAUGUUUUCUUUUGCAUGGGUCACAUUUUCUUCUGUCUGUGCCUUUUGAAGACAUUUUUCAAGACGAUGUUGCUAUAGAUUUACACCAUUUUUUGAAGAUACAUUCUAUGUCUAUGUCUGACAUAUUUUCUUGACUUGACUUGUAAAUGUUGUAAUUAUAUCGUGAUAAUUUGUAUUCAUGUGUCACACACCACUCUUUUUCAGAUUGAUUGUAAGAAAACUAUUUUAUACAGUAGGUGUCCUGUUCACAGUAUAGCACAGUGCUUUGUAUGGUAUGCAAGUCAGGUUAUAUUUUGUCAGUGUAAAGAUUUUUUUUAAAAGCAGUGGAUGGUGUUUUGUUGCAUUUUUCAGUUUUUUUUUAUUUUUAUUUUUUGGUAGUUACGUUAAGUCUGCUGAUUUUCAAUUUGCUUUCAAAUGGCUUUUUAUAUGGUUGUAAACUGUCUUCCUAACUAAAACGGUGAGUAUUAGGAGCAAUAUUAACUUAUUACCAGUACCUGCUGAUUUGUGUCUUGUUUUGCUUAACAAAUCUUUUCACUCUCUAGCUUCUUGUGCCAUUUUAGAUUUUAAAAAAUUAAUAUUAUAUUGGGCUGUAAAAACUGUCACAAACUCAUGUCUUGUAGCUCUUAAAUUUUUAAUUAUUAGGGCUAUCCAGUGGGAUGUAGUCACCUUAAAUUGCAAUAAAAAUGGCUUUGGCAGUGA